UUAGUUUAUUAACAAAUUGAUUGGUCACCAUCUGAAUUGGUAGAGUAUGGGUGUCAAUGUAGUUGUCAGUGUGAAGAAGAAAACAUCCACACUCAAGACCAAGAUUCAUACCCAUACUCUGCAUCCAUAUCCUACCGACUCGGAUGGUUACCAAUCAAUUUGUUAAUAAACUAAUUAAUUAUAAUAAAACUUUAUAUAUACAACAGAUCAUAUUUGAUCCAGACUUGUUUUUAAUUAUGAAUUCGUUCGGCGAUGUUGAAAUCGGCGAAAAUGGAAAUUACUGUUUUAUCAUUCGCUCAUCGUUUUCAGUACUGGUCGAUACGUACAUGCUUAGACGGCACCGUCGCCGUUGCCUCCCCAGUUAUAUUAUGUGGCAAAAGUUUGUUAAAACUUUAGAAUAGGAGAGCAAAUAGCUUUUUAAAGAAAUAAGAUGUCGACAAGAUUUCUAUGAGUAAUAGUUCAGCAAUAGUUGUAGUUUUACAAGGAACCAGAUUCAGUGAUUUUAUGGCCGAGUUGCACGUAAAAUUACAAUUAAUUCUGCACUAUAAAUCGUAAUAAUCUCAUCAACUUCUUAUGGUUUCAAAUAAUCGCUGGUUGGCAUGCAAAGUUAUAUACUUAAGAAAAAUUCUAUCAACUUUUUUUUUUCUCUGUCACCGCUUUCAGCAGCAUCGACAAACAAAGAAAAAAACAAAAAUCUCACGUUCUGUGGUUGUCAAGUUGGAAUUUUUCUUAGCUUAAUCGUCUUUUUUUUAAUUUCAGUACAACAUUUGUUUUGGAGAAUAAAGAACUUGAAGCUAUGAAUGAACUUCGAGCUUUAUGGACUAAUUGUACGUCAACACUUUCGGUUUCAUUAGAACAUCCAAAUAAAUUAUAUGGAAACAUUAAAAUUGAACCAACAAGUUCAAUUGAUUUUAUUGAUUACAUUGAAUUAUAUAUUAAUGAUGUUGCACUAAAAGUGAAUAUAGAACCAACAAAGUUGCAUUUUUCAGCAGUAGGUUUUGCUGGUGGAGAACAAUAUGAAGUAUAUGUUGUUGCUUAUCCAAAAGAUAAUAUUACUCAUGUUGAACCGAUUUCAUCAAAUAAACGAGCAUUUGAAAUACCGCGAGAAGUUCAUGGUGGUGGGCCAUUAAUUAGUUUAGCUUUAUCAAGUGAUCAAAAUACAUUACUUUUAAUGUGGGCACAUAUUGGUGAUCAUGUUAGUGAAUAUAUUGUUUAUGUUGAUAAUAUUGAAACAAAAAUUAUUACUGAACGAGAUUUUAAUGAUUUUUAUGGUAUUUAUUUUCAUGGUGCACAACAACGUAAAAAAUAUUCAUUUCAUAUUGAAGCGAAAAUAAAAAAUACUAAUGAAAUUCGUAAAUCGAAUGUUAUUAUUGUGGAUACACCAUUAGAUUUACCAGUUAAGGGACCAGUAGUUGAUCGAUAUUUUCCUUAUAUUACAGUUAAUGAUGAAGAAACACCAUCUAAUAUCACUAUUGAAAAGGGUUCGGAUCGGUUAUCUUCUUCAAAAUUAUCUAUCAAAAGUUCUUCUCCUUCUUUGCCUGCUCCUCCUUCUCCUGCAGCCUCUUCACGGCCAAGUAUUCAUAAAGUUGAUUUGAAUGCUGCAUCAUUAAACACGAGUGAAAACAUUCCUCAAAAAACUGAUGAUUAUGAUAAUGAUAAAACCAAUAAUAUAAAAGAGCAAGAAGAGCGACAACAAUCGCCUGUUUCCAAUGAAAUAUUAACAAUGCAAGUAAAAGUACCAGAAAAAAUUGAUGAAAAUAUAGAAGACUUUACAACAGAAAAACUUAAAACAAUACAACAACAAAAUGAAAAUUUUAUUUUAUCUGAUGAUUCUAAGCGUCGAGCACAAGAUCUUCUUAAACAAUUAAUACAAGCUAUUGAAAAUCGUUCAAAGCAAUCAAAUUCAAAUUCAAAUUCAACGCAUCCACAUAAAUCAUUUCCUGGUGCUCAACAUUAUAAAGAUGAUCAACUUGUUUCACAACGAUUAUCAGUAUCUUCUCAUGAUCCAUUUACAGAUAGACUUCCACCGAAACCAAAACGACGUUCAACAACACUGAAUAAAAAUCUUAAUCAAACUGAUAAUACAAUGUCUAAUGACACUUCAUAA